ACCCACAGCAGCCAGCUAGGGCCCAAGCCGCUAGCCUCUCCUGUCUGGCUCAACACUGGUUGCUGGCCAGGGGUCCUACCAUACACCAGGUAGCAGAGCACGUCGUGGUUGACCGCCUCCUACGUGCCCUUACCCACCCACUAUGUCAGGCCGCCGGGCGGAGGCCACCUAGCACCGGGAGAUAGGGGAGAGAGCGCCGCCGUUUUACCGAAGGGUGGUCCAGGAGUGGCGCACACCGGAGGGCACCCAGCAUCCGGUAAGCAGGCCGGCGGUUCCCGGCCCACAGGAUGAGCCCAUGCCCAUGGAAGCUCCCCGCUCCCCAGGAUGACCUUGGCUGGCGGGUGUGCCGUGCACACCAAAAAUGCACCACGGGCUGAAGUGAAGUUAAACGGACGGCCAUUCCUCGCCCGUCUGGACUCCAGCAGCGCAGUCAGCCUUGUCAGGACCUCCAUACUACCUCCGCGGGCCGACGCCAAGACCAAGCUCCCCAUAACCUGUGUGCACGGCGACACCAGGGAGGUGCCUGCGCAGCAAGUCACCAUCACUGCACCGGUCGGCGAUUGGCGGAUAGACGUUGGGCUUGUCCGAGACUUUCCCGUCCUCUUUGAGCGGAUUGGGAUGGAUUUGGUCGGGCCGCUGCUGAAGUCCACCUGGGGGCACGAACACAUCCUGGUCAUCGUGGACUACGCUACCUGGUACCGAGGCUAUCCCCCUCCGGAAGGCAACAACCAAGGCCAUAGCCCAGGAGCUCCAGGUCGGCAUCCCAUCACAGAUCCUAACUGACCGGGGUACCCCCUUCAUGUCCUGGAUGAUGGCGUAUGUCUGCAAGUUAUUGAAGGUACAACAGCUCAGCACCACGGUGUACCACUCACAGACCGACGGGAUCGGCGAGUGUUUUAAGCAAGAUACUGCGCCGAGUGGCAGCCGAAGACAAAAGGGACUGGGAACAGAUGCUCCCCUAUGUGCUCUUCGGCAUUCCGGAAAUCCCUCAGGCCUCCACUGGCUUCACCCCCUUUGAACUGCUCUUCGGCCGACAGCCCCACGGACUGCUCGACGUGGCCCGAGAGGCCUUGGAACAACAACCGGCGGUACACCGAACCACCAUUGAGCAUGUGCGUGAGAUGAGGGAAUGGAUUGAUAGAGUGAUGCCCAUUGUCCGGGAACAUAUGGUGAGAGCACAACCAGGGGAGUUCCAGCGGGGAGACCACGUCCUGGUCCUUGUGCCCACAGCUGCCUGCAAGUUCCUGGCUACCUGGCAAGGCCCUUAUACAGUCACGGAAAAAGUCAGCCCUGUUACGUACCGUGUGCGGCAGCCCGGUAGAAGAAGAGAUGAUCAGCUAUAUCACAUUAAUCUGCUGAAGCACUGGGUCGGGACCAUGCCCCAGCUCUCCGCCUGUUCCAGCUCCACUUCCGUGGUUGUCGAUAUGGAUCCCCAACUUUCCGCCGCCCAGAAUUAGGAGCUGCAACACCUGGUCAGUCAGUUUCCGGAUGUGUUCUCCCCCCAACCUGGGUGGACCCACGUACUGGAGCACGAUGUCCACACUCCACAGGGGACCAUCGUCCUGCAGCAGCCCUACCGUGUCCCGGAGGCUCGACACGCCAUCGAGGAGGAGGUACAGAAGAUGCUGAGGUUAGGGGUGAUCGAAUCAUCGCGCAGCAUGUGGUCCACGUCUGACACUUUUUGAGGUUCCUCGAAACAUUUCCAUUGUGCUCGAGCUCGAGGCCGUGGGGAAGCAGAUUCGCGACCUGGAACAGAAGCAGGCCCAGCUGAGAGAGCGGAGAGCCGCGCUGGAAUCAUCCCGGGCUGACGCUCACAAGUCCGGGGUAAGUAUACAGCGUACUGUUAACAGUCCCACCACGUCUACUCCGUGUGUUUCUCUGCGCAGGCCCGGUGCACCCAGGACGCGAUCUUCCCAGAUGUCCUUCACUGCGACGCCGGGACACCACGGACCCUGGGUGCAUCCACAGCGGAGGACGCGAGCUGGGUCCCGGGCGACUACUUCUCCCCCUCCUGCCUUCGAGAUCUCCAUCCAGAACCGCUUCGCUCCCCUCCGCGAGACAGGACGCGACGCUGUGAUCAUCGGAGACUCCAUCGUCCGACACGUAAGUGCUACGUUAGCCGAAGGUAAAGUGCACACUCAUUGUUUGCCUGGUGCUCGUGUUCUCGAUGUUUCUGCGCAGAUACCCGCGAUCCUGAAGGACGGCGAGAGCCCCAGAGCGGUCGUGCUUCACGCCGGAGUUAACGACACCACGCUGCGGCAGACGGAGACGCUGAAGAGGGACUUCAGGAGCCUGAUCGAGACGGUUCGCAGCACGACGCCCGCGGCGACGAUCGUCGUGUCAGGACCACUGCCCACGUAUCGACGAGGACACGAAAGGUUCAGUAGACUUUUUGCUUUAAAUGAAUGGUUGUUGUCAUGGUGUAAAGAACAGAAACUGCUAUUUGUUAAUAACUGGAAUCUUUUCUGGGAGCGUCCUAGACUGUUUCGCGCUGAUGGAUUACACCCCAGCAGAAUUGGAGCGGAGCUUCUCUCUGACAGCAUCUCCAGGACACUUCGCUCCAUGUGACUAUAUGGCCAGGAGACGAAAAGGUCGAAGAGACGAGACUGAAAUGAGUUUUCUUAUGAACAAUGAUGCAUUGACAGAUGAAGCUGGCUGCUCCAGAGGAUCCAAUGAUCAGCUGAGGUUUAUGGUGCUUGGAGGUGAUGAUGCUCUUAUGGAUAAAGCAUGUGCCACAAUCCUGGGAGAAAAAGAGAACAGGGAUGCAUUUAAAUUUGGAAUAUUGAAGCCUAAAACAGCUCAUGUUUUUGGACGAGAGGUUUCAGUAUUUAAAACUCCAUCACAUUGGCUGGAACACUUGAAAUCAAACCACAUUCUCAACAAUGGAUUCAAAACUCUGAAAAAUGAACUGCAGUACUUUGAAUUGCUGUUGUUUCCAGGACCUCACGCCUUUCUGUUAGUACAUAGAGAUGUGAAAAACUCUGGUAGAGAGUAUUAUCUUUUAAAAGCUCUCAGUGAUGUGUUUGGCGAGGAGGUCUUGGACUACUGCAUGGUAAUAUUCAUAGAUGAGGCUAGGAACAAUGAUCCAAAAAAGAACACCUGUCUGAAGAUGUGUGGAGGCAGACACCAUAUCUUACAGAACACUGACGAAAGUGUUAAUAAGUUAUUUAAAAAACAAGAGGCAAUGACACAGUGGAAAAGCAGCAAUUUUUUCACAAAUAAUUCGGAUUUUUUCAGAAAAACUGAAAAGUAUUUUGAAGCAGAGUAUAAGAAAAAGGAGAACAAACUGAGGAUAGAAUUGGCAGAAAAUAAACAAAUAGUUGAAAAUCAGAAGAAGGAAAUUGAUGAUAUGAAAGAACUAGAUGCAAAGAAAGAUGCAAGAAUCACAGAUGAGGAAAAUAAACUGGCUGAGUCAAAAGACAGAGAAAAAAAGCUACAGAGUGAGUUGGAUGCCCUCAAAAGCAGUGAAAACCAGAAGGAGGAGAAGCUAAAACAAGAGAUGAUCAUUCUCGAAGACACCGAAAAACAGCUACGCAGCGAGUUGGAUGCUCUCAAAGGCAGUGAAAACCAGAAGGAGGAGAAAUUACAGAAGCUUAAACAAGAGCUGACCAUUUACACACAAAAAAACAAUGAGUUGAGCAGUGAGUUGGCUGCUCUCAAAAGUAGUGAAAACCAGAAGGAGGAGAUCUUACAAAAGCUAAAACAAGAGCUGACCAUUUACACACAAAAAAACAAUGAGUUGAGCAGUGAGUUGGCUGCUCUCAAAAGCAGUGAAAACCAGAAGGAGGAGAUCUUACAAAAGCUAAAACAAGAGCUGACCAUUUACACACACAAAAACAAUGAGUUGAGCAGUGAGUUGGAUGCUCUCAAAAGCAUUGAAUCCCAGAUGAAGGAGAUGCUAAAACAAGAGAUGAUCAGUCACAAAGACCAAGAAAAACAGCUACACAGUGAUUUGGCUGCUCUCAAAAGCAGUGAAAACCAGAAGGAGGAGAUCUUACAAAAGCUAAAACAAGAGCUGACCAUUUACACACAAAAAAACAAUGAGUUGAGCAGUGAGUUGGAUGCUCUCAAAAGCAUUGAAUCCCAGAUGAAGGAGAAGCUAAAACAAGAGAUGAUCAUUUACAAAGACAGAGAGAGACACUUAAAAGAUGACAAAAUUAAACUUGAGAGAGACAAAGAGAAACUUCAGAGAGAAGUGGAACAGCUCAAGCAAAAUAAAAAACAGUAAUCUGACUGCAGCAAAAGUUGAAGAAACAUUUCUACCUUUCAAAUUAUAAUCAGAAUGCAAUAUGAUCCAGAGAGAGGAAAAAGUACAAGUCAAAGAAAAAUGAGCUGCUUGAGAAAGAGAGAGAACUGGAUAGAGGUAUAGAGGAAUUGUAUAAAAGAGAGAGAAAUCUGGAUGAACGACAGAAGCAGCUGGAGAUCAGAGAGAGAGAGAGACGUGAAACAGAGAAAUCCUGGAUCUAGUGAACAACACUGAAGGACUGGAAUCCUGGAUUCAUCACAACCUUCAUAAAAUAUGUCAAUUAUCCUUUUCUGUGAUUAUUGAUGAAGUUAUUAAUCAGUAUUUGGCAUCAUAGAUUGUUAGUCCAUUUAAUACAAUUAUUAUUUACCAUACACCAGUGAGCAAACAUAGAAAAUAAAUGUGUAUAAAUAACUUACUCUCCCUUAGUGAGAAUCUGGAAUGUGUAACUAGUUUUUUUUUUAUAUUCUCUCAGUGUCACUGUGACUGCUCAAGUUUGGCUGUUCAGGUUAUGGAGGUCAUUGGGACCUCUCAUCUACAUUACAGCAUGUGAUCAGAACAUAUAUGAUAUUUCUGUAUGUCAGAGAAUAACUUUAAAUAGUUUCAGUGAAAUUCUCCCCUCUUCUCUGAGAAACUGUACUCAUUGUCUGUGUGUGUAAAACUAAACACCUGAUAAGAUUCAGGGAGGAAUCAGCCAUCCUUGAACUAGUUUUUUGUGCAUGUAUGUGUUAGUAUCUGUCUGCGCACGGCACCCGAGAAGUAAGCAUUCAUAUGGAGGUCUGUCAUCAGCUGAAUGACCCGUUACAUCUGAUCCCUGAUCGACUGUCACCUAAAUAAUCACCAGGAGAUCUGUUUUGAACCAGACAUCCUUGUGUGGAGAUUUUAUAAGUUUAUCUAUAUUUUAGCCAAUCAGAAUUCUUCAUGUCUAUGCGUUGACGUAAUUAGCAUCCUCUGUUAGAGUACAAUCGGUGGUGUCUUGAGCAAGUACACCGAGCGGCCUACAAACUCCUUGAGAGUACUGAAGCUGAUUUCUGCUGAUGAAACUGCAAACUAUUUUCUUCAGUAAAUUUUUCUUCAAUUGACUUCA